AUGGUAUGCAACAGCCUCUCUAAUAUUGCAGAAGACCAAUCACUUUCACUACCAACAAAACAUCAUGGACAUCAAUGUUCUGCUAAUUAUGAUCUAUGUGAGAAUCUAUGUCUCGGCAACUUCUCUUCUGCUGGACAAGAGCCUUCGGCUGGAGAUUUGUACUCUAAUAGUCAGAACCCUGCAAGUUUUGGAGGAGUAGCUGGAUCCAGUAGUUAUAAUUUCAGCCAUGUUUUCCCAUGUUUUUCAACUUCAGAUCUAUCUUCUUCAUUAGCUUCAAAUUCUUUGGGCUUAAACUUGCAAACAUUGGAUCUCUUGACAUCUACCAAUUAUGGUGGGAAUUUUAGCCAGGCUUCACAUGAUGUUGUAGGUGCUCCUAAAGGAAUUAGUACUUCUCUAAGCCCUGAUCACAUGCAAGACCUCUCAGACAGCCCAUCAAACAGCUCCAACAAGACGCCAGGUUUAAUGAAUGGAGUUAGAAGAGCAAAGAGAGAAAGUAGUGCUUCUGAGCCAAAAGAGUCAUUUGCAGAAGCUAAGAAGUCGCGGUCAGCGUCACGAUGCUCAUGCCCACCACUGAAGGUACGAAAGGAGAAGCUAAUGGACAGGAUUGCAGCUCUGCAGAAGUUGGUGGCACCUUUUGGCAAGACAGACACAGCCACCGUAUUAACAGAAGCUAUUGGGUACAUCCAUUUCCUUCAUCAACAAGUCCAGGCAUUGAGCACGCCUUAUACGAAGUCCUCGCACAGCAAGCCCAUUAGAGCCAUGCAACCGGGUUUGAGGAAGGAGGAAGGAGCAGAGCCAAAACGAGACCUUAGAAGUAGAGGGCUGUGCCUCCUGCCCCUAUCAUGUGCAUCAUAUAUAGGUAGUUAUGACGUCUGA